UCUUUAGAUAUUUGUUUUCUGUUUGGUUCUGUUGGGGAAAAAAUAAAAAUGAGUGCUUCGGGCAAAAGCCUACUAGGAUUGUGGCUAUAUCGUAGCGGUGAGCAGGAGUGGGCUAUUAAACAAGGCAGUCCAUUGCAUAAUCUACCAUCGAAACGAGACAAAUCGGAUGCGUUGGGCAUUAACAAAAGCGAUAGCAGCUCAAAAAAUGCGAAAGAUACAAGUGAUAUUGAUUGGCAAAAGAACAAUUCGGGCGGAGAUAGGGUGUCCAUUAUAUUUACCUUAAAAAAUCAAGUCGGUAAUUUGGCUCGUGCUCUACAGGUCUUUCAAGAGUUAGGAAUAAAUGUUCUACAUUUGGAGCUAUCGCCUUUGGAAACCACCGAAAAUCAGGCGGACGUUCUUGUGGACGUUGAAUGUGAUACCAGGCGUUUGGAGCAAGUCUUGCAAAUGUUAAAUCGAGAAGUGCAGUCAGUAAAUUAUACUUCAUUGGAUAGGAAUACUGUAGUUCGAGCACCUUCAUUAUCCGCUUGUUCCAGUUUCGAUUUUGGUGAUAUGGUGUGGUUUCCACGAAAAAUUUCCGACCUGGAUAAAGCUCAAAAUGUAUUGAUGUACGGAUCUGAGCUCGAUGCCGAUCAUCCGGGUUUCAAGGAUCCUAUUUAUCGUAAGAGACGGGAACAAUUCACAGCAAUUGCAAAAAAUUUCAAACACGGUAAUCCGAUUCCACGUGUGCAGUAUACUCCAGAAGAAAUAAAAACCUGGUCAGUAGUAUUUCGGGAAUUGCACCGUUUAUAUGUGAAGCAUGCUGUACCGGAAUACAUGGAAAACUGGCCACAAUUGGUGAGCUGCUGUGGUUAUCGGGAAGAUAAUAUACCGCAAUUGCAGGAUGUUAGCAAUUAUCUGAAACGUAAAACGGGUUUUCAAUUGCGUCCAGUAGCGGGUUACUUAUCACCGAGAGAUUUUUUAUCGGGAUUGGCCUUUCGGGUAUUCCAUUGCACUCAGUACAUAAGACAUUCAUCGGAUCCGUUUUAUACACCUGAACCAGAUUGCUGCCAUGAGCUGCUGGGCCAUAUGCCUCUAUUAGCAAAUCCAAGUUUUGCUCAGUUUUCGCAAGAAAUUGGUUUAGCUUCCUUAGGCGCAUCGGACGCUGACAUAGAGAAACUUGCUACGUUAUAUUUCUUUACUGUCGAAUUUGGUUUAUGCCAUCAACCGGAUGGCUCUUUUAAAGUGUAUGGGGCCGGUCUUUUGAGCUCUGUGGCAGAGCUUCAACAUGCCAUUUCUACCAAAGAUAAAAUUAAGAAAUUUGACCCAGAGGUAACAUGCAAAGAAGAGUGCAUUAUAACGUCAUAUCAAAAUGCCUAUUAUUACACGAAUUCUUUUGAGGAAGCAAAGGAACGCAUGCGAAAAUUUGCUGAUAGUAUACAAAGACCAUUUGGUGUGCGUUACAAUCCGUAUACGCAGAGUGUCGAAGUAUUGUCGAAUGCCCAAAAGAUAACUGCAGUUGUGAGCGAACUUAAAGGGGACUUGAGCAUCGUUUGUUCAGCUCUGCGCAAAAUUUCUGCUACUGACGAAAGCCUCAAUGUUGAUAGCAUCACUAAUAUGCUACAAAGCACCUUAAGCGAUCCGGAAAAUCUGUAGAAUAGUCUAUGGAACGCAAAAAGUCGAAACAAAAACUAUAUUAUGGACCAAUAAUAUUAAAAA